AAUCCUGUUGAGUGCUUCAUGCUUUUACUGGCUGCAAAGUGCCAGAUAAGAGGAGAGGUGAAAGAAAGAAAUCAAAAUGAGUCUGGGAAUCAAAAAUGGAAACAGAUGGAACAAAGUCGUAUGUUUUGGAUUUAGAUGGAUGGAUUAAAGAAGAGGAGUGUGUGUGUUUGUGUGUGUGUGAUAUGCUCACCGUGUGUGUGAGUGUCUGACCGCUGGGGUUGGAUCAUAAAGACCGGCAGAGGUCAAAAUCCUCCAUCACUCUCUGCGUCUGAUGAAGAGUGAAAGGAAGUGCAGACGGCCGGAGGAAGCUGGGCCGGAUGUUUCCUUUCACUUUCCACACUUAACUCGAUGAAGGAGCUGAGGAACAGUACGAAGUAAGAGAGGCUGAAGUAGGUGAGUGCUUUCUUUUUUAUUUUUCUUCUGUUCAAAUUUAAUUCACUGCUUGACGUCAACUCCUCGGGGGUAUUGGUUCGAGCAUCUGUCUCCUGGAGAGCUUCCACAGUGACAGCAAUUUUCCCCUUCUGUUUUUCUCUUGAUUUAGCCGUCUGUCUUCCCACCAAUUACCAGUACAGUGCAGUUUUUCUGUCACAGUCUUUUUUAUUCUUUAAAUGUGAUUAGUCAUGUAAAAAAAAAAAAAAACGAUGGCUCCCCCGCACCUUCCCCUUCAAAACGCCUCACUAAUCAUCUCAGGCGAUUGGGCAGAGCUUGCCUCUCCUUGGAAACUAAUAACAUGCUGGUGAUAUUUUUAGUGACACGCAAGAGUGGAGUUGUACCUGAAGUCAGGAAGAUUAACUGGGAAACUGGAGGUACUCUCUUGUCAGAGAUUUAACGUGUGACCUUUUGUUUUCUGGGUGAAGCAUCCCAUUUUUCUCUGUUUGAACUCUCACCAUGCAUCUAUCUUCCCAGCCCCCCGUGCGAUGGCGUUCCUGCAGCUGAUGCGUUCCCCUCGCCUCUCCUUCAUCCAGACGGUCGUGUCUCUCUUGCUGGGCGGCGGGGCCAUCAUGUCCUCCUACUGGUGCGUGGGUAAACAGAAGGUGCCCAAGCCCCUUUGUUCGCCCACCAAGCACAGCAACUGCAUCCCGGUGCCCGGCGUCUCCAACUCCUCCAGCAUUCAGUUCUCGUGGGAGACGGGGGACGACCGCUUUGUCUUCCCCACCUUUCACACCGGCCUGUUCUUCACCUGUGAGGAGAACAUCUACACGGACGCAUGGGGUGAGAGAGACAGAUUAGAGGAGAAGUGUCGUGGGUUUUAUACUUUGACUCCGGGGGCUGAAAAAGCUAUGAUGUGGCUGUCACUAUCACUGGAGCUCAUGUAUAUCGGUCUGCUGUUGAUCAGCUGCACGCUGCUGUCUGUGCAGCUGUGUAUCAGAGCCUGGUUCCCGUCCACGCAACGCUGGGGCCAGCUGCUCAACGCUUUUGCUGCCGUCUUCACCGUCCUGGGGGGUUUGCUUGGGAUGGUGGGUCACAUGAUGUUCAUGCAGGUGUUUCAGAUGACGGUCUCGAUGGGACCAGAAGACUUCAAGCCUCACAGCUACGGUUACUCCUGGGCGUUCUACGUGGCCUGGGUUGCAUUUACUGUCUGCAUGUCAGCCGGCGUCUCCACUCUCAACAACUACACCAAGAAGGUCCUGAUGGUGGGACCCAGGCGCAACUCUGGCCUCAACACCUGCAGCUUUAACUUCCUGGGGCUCAUGCCACCCGCUCCUUAUUACACACCUGCAAACCCGGCCGUCACGCUGGCCUGUCCUCCGUCUCCUCCCCGGAUCUCCCACUUGUCGCCAUACUAUGAGCCCCCAUCGGCAAAGUUAGCGGCCUCCACUCCGAGGCUCACGCACUCCCACUCUCUACCUCUCCCCCACUCUGACUCCUUCCCUCCUCCACCCUCUCACCCAGCGCCCUCAUCCCCGUUUCACCGUCACUCUCUCCCCUCUCCAUCACCACUCCCAUCAGGACACCAGAACCAUUACCAACCAGAGGAGGACUACAGCCCACUUUGAACAACUGUAAAAAUAAUAU